UCGAGUAUCCGUCGUGGGAGAUGAGUUAGUUUCAUUCCGUUUUAAAGUCACUGUAUCUCAAUUGCGUUAUUAUUCACAGAAUAAUUAGGAGACUCAGGAGGUUGACUUAUUUUUUGCUUUUUUAUUUUAAAGGAUUCAAGUUUGCAGGUCAAGCUGUGCGCCCUUACAGACUGUCGUUGCAGUCUUUGGGCACAUAACAUUUGGAUUUAAGAAAAAAAGAAAGAAAAAAAAAACAGAAGGCCUUUCUACUAUUUUUUUUCAGUGCGAGCAGAUAGUCUUUAAUUUUUUCGCAUGAAUCUCCUCGACCCUUACCUGAAGAUGACAGAAGAACAGGAGAAAUGUCAUUCAGACGCUCCGAGCCCCAGCAUGUCUGAAGACUCAGCAGGCUCGCCGUGCCCGUCCGGCUCCGGUUCGGACACCGAGAACACCCGGCCGUCCGACAACCACCUCCUCAGGGGACCGGACUACAAGAAGGAGGGCGAGGAAGAGAAGUUCCCGGUGUGCAUCAGAGAUGCGGUAUCCCAGGUGCUGAAGGGCUAUGACUGGACGCUCGUACCCAUGCCGGUGCGCAUCAAUGGCUCCAGCAAGAGCAAACCACACGUUAAGAGACCCAUGAACGCCUUCAUGGUUUGGGCUCAGGCGGCGCGGAGGAAGCUGGCUGAUCAAUAUCCGCACUUGCACAACGCAGAACUCAGCAAAACCCUGGGAAAACUUUGGAGGCUUCUCAAUGAGGUGGAGAAGCGCCCGUUUGUGGAGGAAGCUGAACGCCUGAGAGUGCAGCACAAGAAGGAUCACCCCGACUAUAAAUAUCAGCCGAGGCGGAGGAAAUCUGUUAAGAAUGGUCAAAAUGAUUCCGAGGAUGGCGAACAGACGCACAUCUCUCCCAACGCAAUUUUCAAGGCGCUGCAGCAAGCCGACUCUCCUGCGUCCAGCAUGGGCGAGGUGCACUCUCCGGGAGAACAUUCGGGUCAGUCACAGGGACCACCAACACCCCCGACAACCCCAAAGACAGAUCUUCCCUCUAACAAAGCUGACCUGAAGCGUGAGAGCCGCCCCAUUCAAGAGGGCAGCAGUCGGCAGCUCAACAUAGACUUUGGAGCUGUGGACAUUGGUGAGCUUAGCAGCGAUGUCAUCUCCAACAUCGGAAGCUUUGAUGUUGAUGAGUUCGACCAGUACCUGCCACCUCACAGCCACGCUGGGGUUGCUGGUGCAGCCCAGGCUGGCUACACAGGCAGCUAUGGUAUUAGCACCUCCUCAGUUGGUCAGGGACCAAGUGUGGGAGCUCAUGCUUGGAUGUCCAAGCAGCAGCAGCAUACUCUGACCACCCUUGGUGGAGCAGGAGAGCAAGGUCAACAGGGCCAGCAGAGAACCACCCAGAUCAAGACGGAGCAGCUCAGCCCGAGCCACUAUAGUGACCAACAGGGAUCCCCGCAGCACAUCACCUAUGGCUCAUUCAACCUACAGCACUACAGCCCCUCUUCUUAUCCGUCCAUCACAAGAGCACAGUAUGACUAUUCAGAACACCAGAGCAGUGCCAACUCUUACUACAGUCAUGCAGCUGGCCAAGGUUCCAGCCUGUACUCCACCUUCAGCUACAUGAGCCCCAGCCAGAGGCCGAUGUACACCCCAAUAGCCGACAGCACUGGGGUACCCUCUGUGCCGCAGACCCACAGUCCACAGCACUGGGAGCAGCAACCGAUUUACACACAACUGUCCAGGCCCUGAGGAGCGCCAACACAUCCAUCCAAGACUACUCCCCCUAUCCCCCUCAGUUGCCUUAAUUUCAUUGUCCUCGCCACAUUGCCAAUAGAAAAACACGACAUGGACUUUUUUUAUAGUUCUGAAAUUUAGUCUUUAAAUUGGCUCACAGCAGUGCCUUUUGUAUUGGUUGGAAUUGUGAUUAUAUUUUUUUAGAAAUGAUGUUUAAAAAGUUAAAUCCUCUGUGAGGAUAUAAUGGUUAUGAAUAUGAUAGUAUGUACUGUGUAUGUGUUCUGCUCUUGUUAUUCCGAACAUAUUCUGUGUCAUGAUCAUCAUUGCUUGCUUAAAGGAACAGGGAUGCUGGGUGAAAACACCCUCAGUGGCCUUUUUUAUUCUCUCUAUAAUGUAUUUUUUUACUGGAAGUUUACCGACACCGCCAUCUCACCAUAGCCUCCGUUCCGCUGUACAUACGCUAACUUCAGUGAGCUUCAGAUCAUGAGAAAUGCAGGUUUGGAGUAGAUUAGAAUUGUUGGCCAUGAUGUUACUGUGUCAUCAGUGAAGAGUCCAAUGUUCUACUUCUUGUUUGGUUCAGCUAAAACUGUUGGAAAUGCUAAUAGCAGGUGCCAUGUAACUCUUUGGCGGGCCUUACUGAGCUGCUAGAUGUGAUAGUGAUGCUUGCUUUUUAACUGCCUUCAAUACCAUUAGUGCCUCUGAAGCCACAGCAGGGAGGCUUCACAAUCCAAAAAGCCAGCAGCGCAGGUCAGAUUUCCUGCUUGAUGAGAUUCAGGAAGUGACCUUUGACCUGGCUCUUGCCAGUGUAAAUCAGGUCUGAGAAUGGUGUGCUUCUACCAGAUAUUUUCUCCCUUCUUUUGUUUUCUUAAUUUAUUCUUUAGCAUUAAUUUUAUUGGAGAAUUAUCAUUUAAAUUCAGCACAGAGGUGAAUUUAGAUUGCUGUCAUAUGUGAUGCAACAUUGCUUAUUUAUCAUUUGUAAAUGUUUUCACAUAAUUCUCAAUCUACUUCUGUACAGAAUACUUAAAAAAUGACAUGAUGGGUCUUUUUUUUCUUCUUUCUCCUUUUUUUUGACUGGAUGAGAAACGCAGCUGUAAAGAAUUUUGCUGGAUUCAACAGAAUACUUUGGUUUCUUUUUUUCUUUUUGAAAAGAGAAAGUUUUGUUUCUUGUUUUAUAUUCUGUAUAAUUAGUUCUCAUUUUUGUCAUCUUCUUAAUGCAGUUUCCCUAGGUAAACAUGGCUUUGUCUUAAAAGCUCAUCUUUUGUAUUAUUAUUUUUGUUUGCAAUAAAAGCAAAAGUCAGAAAUAA